UUGGUGAGAGCUAGCAGCCAAUCGUGUGUUCCUCCGGGGUGUUUCCCACACAAUUGUGAAAUCGGAGCGGGAGCACCGGCGAGGAGCACUGAGCGAGCGGGAACGCCCACGAGAGAAAUCGGAGAGUUUGCCGGCUGCCAUCUAAGAAUCGCAUACCGGGAGCAUCCGCUGGGCAGCAGCCAGCCAGCACGGCGGCGCGCCACCGUAUCAGCGGAUGGCUUCGGCGCGCGUGGGUGCCGUCCGGCAAGGAAGCCGCGCGCGACGCGUGAUCAGUGCGAGGACUGUGUGUGGCGGCGUUGCGCGGUGCCGCUCGCAAGGAACCGGUCGUGGCCUUGGCAGCCCGCAGGUGAACAAGAGUGGCCGUGUGGCCGUACGGGCCAUGGUUUCUUGCACAUUUUGGGCCGACGCCUCGGAGCUGGCCCAGGCUUCCCGGCGCACGUCCUCCGUCCGUGGGCGGCCUCUCCAUGCCUCCGGCGCUGCAGCAAACUGACAAAGCACACCGCACAGACCUUGGCUCUGUAGCAAAAAGUGCCCCCAUGCCGCAUAAACAACUCCACGCUCCGUGUCGAGCUCAGGCGGCGCAACGAGAACGCCCGACCUCCCGAAAAUAUCCCCUCCCUCCUCAGCUCAGGCAGCGCCGCACGGCGACACCGCCGGCCUCCCCGAAAAUAUCCCGCCCGACAGCGGCCACUGUGCGCGCCACGCGUCCAGCCAACUUGGCGAGCUUACCGCGCGACGUCGGCGGUCAAUGGCCCGCAGGUUGAGAGAACGCGACAGAGCCAGCGGCAAUAAGAUAAGCCGCAACUUGUGCGACGCUUCCAGAACCCUCCUCCCCAUCCGGACGAACGCGCCCUCCGCCACAUCACCGCUAAUAAGAUAUUCCGUCGUGGAGGAGAAGAUGGUUCCAAUCCUUCCAUUUCCAGAACCGUCUGGAAACUUCAGAAUCGGAAUCGGAAGCUGGGGGCGAGCUGUAUAAAUGGGCGACGACCGCGUGCUGGCCCGCUCCAAGUACGAGUGAAAGGGAUAGGGCUCUGUAGUCUGUACUUUCGCCGCCUCCAUGGUCCCUAAUCCUUCACUAUUCAAUCCAUCUCUCUCCCUGUACUUUCGCAUCUCCUAAAUUGGUCCAGCAGUAUUGCCAAUUCGGCAAUUUUGGACAAGAUCACUUCUCUGCUGCUCCACUUCUUCACAACAACACUCUUUUCCCCUUCAUCUUCCGACGAUAAUUGAUGGGUUAGUUAGCAUCCGAAUUGCUUCAGGAAACUCUCUUCUGUAUCUGAUUCAGGAAAGGCCAUUUACGGGCUUGAUUCUGAGGAUUUUCUAUUUGUUCGCUUUUGCAUUUGUAUCUGUCUUUGUAUCGCCAUGGAUCCAUUCAGGUUCAACGGCAUUGUGAAAGAGGAGGAAUUCGAGAACUUAUCCGGAGCUGCAGCGGAUGGCUAUUCGCCGUCGUCUUGGGCCGGCGCCGCCGCUGAUGACUAUUCGCCAUCGUCGUGGGGCGGCGCCGGCGCCCUGCCGGAGAUGCCCCGGCCGAUGGACAGCCUCGGCGAGGCCGGCCCGACGCCGUUCCUCAACAAGACGUACGAGGUGGUGGACGACCACAGCACGGACACCGUCAUCUCCUGGGGCUUCGCCGGGAACAGCUUCAUGGCGUGGGACGCGCAGGCCUUCUCCACCAUUCUCCUCCCGCGCUAUUUCAAGCACAGCAACUUCUCCAGCUUCGUCCGCCAGCUCAACACCUAUGGGUUCAGGAAGGUUGAUCCGGACAGGUGGGAGUUCGCGGCGGAGGGGUUCCUGCGGGGCAAGAAAGAGCUGCUGAAGACGAUCAGGCGUCGGCGGCCGCAGUCGAGCACGCCGCCCACGCAGCAGCAGCAGCAGCAGGAGGAGGACGGGCAGUUGGGUCACGAGGGCGAGGCGCACCGUUUGCAGCGCGACAAGAGCAUCCUGCUCGCGGAGGUUGUGAAGCUGCGGCAGGAGCAGCAGGCGACGCGGGACAGGGCCGGCCCAUAGCGCGGGCAGAGCGGCGCUCGCCCCGGGCCUCCAGGAGCUAGGGGCCCUGGCCCAAGAUUUGUUUGCAUAUUAUUACACUUAUAUAUAUACUUUUUGGGUUGUAUAAUUUAAAAUAAUUCUAGAAUAUAUAGAUGUUUUAUGAUGUAGCA